CACUCCACUGACUUGGAUUAUUACAUUCAUAUUUGGAAUGUUAGUGAACUCUGAUAUUAGUCUCCUACAAAAGAAAAGAAAUUUCGCUAAUACAGGUAGAUAUGAGAACGGUUUUCCGGAUAUUCCAGUGGUUAUUUAGAAGUGGUCAGAGUGUCUGAAAUACAACGGAGCCCUUCAAAAUCAUAUAUUGGUUAUAGAAACUUUGAACCAAAUAUGACUUUUUGACGAUAAACAGAAAGUGGGACUUAAGAAUAAGGUACUUUAGGUUUAUUUAUGGUACUAGUUAAAGGUUACGAAUUUCUGACUGGUUUUCAAAAGCAGCAUUCCCUUGUUUGAUUUCAUCCAAGACAUUUGCGAGCUUUUAUGAAGUCACUAAUUGACAUGUUGGACUGAGUGUUCAUUUUGCACGAUCUUGUUCUUUAAAGUGAAGUUUCAACUGUAUGGCCUAGCUUCCUCCCGCUGUCUGCAGAUAAAUAGACACUGCAGUGUUUGGUCAAAAAUGUGAUGGAAAUUUGUCAUAAUUUAUUUGCAUCUAUUGUGUGCUCACUUUAUAACUAGUGCCCUAGAAUUAAAUACACAUGGCUGUUGAUAAGACUGAUUCAUAUGAAUGGACCUGUGAAUCGGAAAUUCAACUUUUCCGAGGAUUAAUCAAGCACAAACCCGUUGGUGUAUUCCGUCACUUCCAGAUGAUGUGCUUGUGCAAUUUUCUGAAUUCAGUUCUUCGUGAACCAGUCACUCCUGAUAUUAUUUGGAGAAAGCUGGAUACACUAUACAAUAUGGAAGAACUGCAUGAAUCUGAAGUUAACCCUUUUCAAGGUAAAAUGAGGGAAUUCAGCCUAUCCGAAGAGUUUGAUUCCUUGAAAGAAUUGGAGUUUCCUCGUGUUGCUCCGCGAAGCGAUACAGCUACACCCAAAUCUUCAGUUGUAGAUACUUCUAAUCGAAAACGAACAAGAAAGUCGGUACGCUGGGCUGACGUUCUUACAACUUCAGAUAAUAUGGUUCAAACACCGACCACUUCAACGGUCACUACCGAUGCAGGUGUUGGCAGUUCUUCACGCAAAAGGCGGCGCUGACAUUUUGUGUAUGCUGGUCGCGAAUUCAAACAUCUUUGUUGUAUCUCAUGGAUUCAGCAUUUUUCAUUAUAUUUGUGUCAUACUCAAGUG